AGUACCUCGUAUUUGCAUUACUGUCGCGCCUCUCACUUCUCUACACAUCUUCCUGGUUCCGCAGGCAGCUGGCCGUAGGCAUUUAAAUCUAUCGCCAGCUGGUUGUGAAGCCGUUCCACCUUCGCUUCCCACCAUCACACUCAUCAUGUCGACGCCGCCAGAACCCCCGCCAACCUACGACCAGGCCACAGGUUCGUCCGGCACAGCAUCCUCCAAACCCCAGAAAUCAUCCCACCUAGAAGUUCCCUCUGCCAAAAAUGGGAUUCCCACGGAAGCCCGUCGCUCUAUGGAGGACCUCCAAAGACCUCUGCCCGAAGGAUGGGUAAGACAGUACGAUCCCAAGGAGAAUCACCAAUUCUUCGUAAACACCAAAGUCGACCCACCAAAGUCCUACUGGGAACAUCCUCUAGAUAUCCCCGAAGUAUUGAAGAGUUUGAGCACAGAAGAACGCGAAAGGCUGCAAGAGGAAGAGGACAGGUUGAGAAAACAGGCAGCGCAUUCCGCGGACCACUCUGAAGAUGAACAUUACCCCCCAGAACUCCCCGCCCGUCCAUCCUCCUCACAACAGGCCGGCCAAAAGAAGAGCCUGGGAGAGAAACUCAAGGAUAAAGUCACCGGCACAACGCACGACGAGCGUGUGCGCAGUCGCGCGCAGCGAGCGGAAGAAGAGAGACAAUACUACGAGGCACAUAUGAAGCUACGGCAAGCAAUGCAGAGAGCACAAGUGACUGGUCAGCCUCAAUUCUUCGCGAAGGAUAGAGACGGCAAGAACGUCUACGUUGAGCCUCCCGGGGGACCUGGCUAUGGAUAUGGUGGAUAUGGGCAAGGCGGCUAUGGCGUCAACCCUUAUGCAGCCGGACCGUACGCCGACCCCAACGCCCGAUUUAUUCGACCAGGCUACCCGUAUAAUCGUCCAUAUGGUGCUUAUCCAGGCGGAGGUUAUGGGUUACCGAUUGCGGGAGGUCUGCUUGGAGGGCUGCUGCUCGGUGGGUUGUUGUUCUAGGCCUGCUUCAAGAAUUCAUGAAUGCGAUUCUGGAGGGCUUGCUGGCUAUUGACACCGGCCGAAAUGGGGUUUAUGAGUUUCAGGGCUGUUUUUUCACGUUGAUAUCCUCCUUAGCACUGUUUCAUGCUUGAUACCAUUGAACGACCGUUAUCCCAUACAUUAUCUCAGUGGCAUGUGCUCUACCUUCCAAACCUGCAUUUUUGCUCUUCCAUCUUAGCCUCUUAUUCGUCCUCUGAAUUCUUCAGUAUCCG